AUGUCUGCCGUCUCCUCGUCAACCCUGAAUCCCCAGGGCCCGGCCGUCCGACAAUCCUCUCGCCAAACACGGACAAAUCCAUCGCGGACCUCCAAGACCACCGGACGGUCCUCUUUUGGCCUCGGUAGACCCUCAAAUGCUGAGAGUCCUGCGACGGCCCCCAUUCCUCAUGGCUUCUACCCUGCCCUCACUCACUUCACUGAUGCAAUCACCGCGCUCCCUCGCGAGUUUCGCCGACACAAUUCCUUGUUGAAGGAAGUUGACGCCAAGGCGUGGGCGCUCGAGGAGAACUUGCUGCAAUUGCUAAAAGUCACAGCCCGUCCCUCACCCUCCAAUCCCAACGCCCAUUGUUGGGGUGUCGUUCGUGAAGAUUUUCUGCCAAAGGACGUCACUCAGCCUCCCGAGACACCCGACAGCCAAAGCCGUCGACUUCUCUUUGAUCGCGUACGACAGAGCCUCUCCGAUCUCAUGAUGACAGCUGAUGAAAAGAACCAUGUAAUUUCCAAUGCGAACGAAGAGUUGGAUCGCCAGAUCAUUCGGUUGGAUACAGUGUUCCCGUACAUCGCGGGGGAAAUCAGCGAGGAGGCUCGCCUUGGCAGCAUGACACACUGGGCAUACUCCAACAAGAGUACUGCGAAAGCAGCCACCAAUGAACGACCCCGCCGGGAAGCAGUAUCCCAGCGACAAGACAUUGCCUACGCGAUUCACGAAGCUGAAGCGGCUAGUCGCAGUGAAGCUCGGCGCGAAGCUGUCCAAGCGCGGCGACGUCGGAACCAUGUUGACGCGGAUUACGAGGAACCCCGCGGUGCUGCUCGCAAAACUAAUACCGGAAAGUCUCGCGCAGAUAAUGCGCCUGCAGAUCAGGCACCUAAGCGCCGGAAGGUAGAGCGGCCUACGGCGAUAGAUAUGGGCGCUCCGAUGGAGCGUUCCGCCAGCGGCACAGGCAAUCAGCGAGCGUCCGCAAAGGAUGGCACAGAGAAGAAGCGAUCUCGUGCACCAAACUCUAAUGCUGCGGCAGCGCGCAAGAAGCCGAAUGUCACAUCCAAUGCUGGAUCACCCGUCCUGGCCCCCUCGCCUCUUAUCGGAACAUUCAAUGCCCCACGCGGAGCUGCAAGCCCAGGCCCGAGCACAGCCCGGCCACAGUCGUCACGAGCUCAGCAGAAUGCUGGUCAAACGAGCAAUGCCCGCCAACGACCAUCGUCCUCGACUUCCAACCGCCUUGCUCAAGGGAAUGCUUCAAAGCCAUCCGAUGCCAAGUCUACGCCCCGCGACACAUCUUCCGUCAAGAACGAAGUCGCGAAUGGAGAUGGAAACCGGGAUUACAAUGGCGAGGCAGGUGUACGAGCAGCCACUGCGGGAGUCCGACGCGAUGAGGGAGACGGAAGAAAAGCCGAAUCGGCCGAGGCUGAGUCCGCCAAAGGACGAAACUCGAAGACAACCACGCCCGUUUCCGCGUUUGCAGAAACUACUCAAUCGCGUUCACGACCUACACGAAGUACAGACCCAGCGCCGAAACGAAAUCCCAAGAAAACGGCUCCAGCCCCUGCACCUAUUAUCCCCUCUGACGAGGAAUCUCUUCAUGAGGGUGACGACGAAGACGAAGAGGGCGAGCCUCGAUACUGCUACUGUAAUGAAAUCAGCUUUGGCGAGAUGGUGGCUUGCGAUAAUGACGCUUGUCCUCGCGAAUGGUUCCAUCUGUCUUGUGUCGGAAUGACAAAACCGCCUGGCAAGAAUGUGAAAUGGUAUUGUGAUGAAUGUAAGACCGGCAUGCGGUCGACGCGUGGGCGUUGA